AUGGAACGUGGAGGCGGCGUCCACACAUCAGUGAUAGACAUAGGUGUUAUUGAAACGGCCAGCAGCCUGACAAUCAUCCACCACCAAGCAGAGUCGAAAUACGCUCAGCUGGCGCAAGAUGACCAAGGUGACUGCCGAGUUUCAGGAUUUGGUCCGCGGCGGGUUCCAGCCGCGCCUUCAGACUUCGCUGCCGCCAUAGGGCAGCAGCAGCAGCCGUCGCCGAUACCACGCCGACAGCCCGUCCCGUUGAUGCCUCCCGCGCAGCUUCAUCCGGGAGCGCCCCAGGUGGUCGCUCCGGCGCCUGCGGUCCCUCUUCAGUCGCCACCGCCUUCGGAGCUGAUGGACGUCGACCCCUCAGCCGGGCCGCCUUCCCAAGCGUUGGCUGUGCAACCUGUCCUGCAGCCGCUUUCCUUGGGCACCCCCAAGAAGUCUGACACCGCAGCGCCUUGUCCGGCGCCCACUCGGCAGCCGUCGACGCAGCGUCAGGAGACGCUGCCUCUCUUCGUGGGUCCCGACGCCCCGUCGCGUCCAGUAGCAGAAGCUGCGCCCGUGGUCACAGGCGUGCACCCUGACCUCGGUUUUCAGUCGGUGUUUCCCGAGGCCCCGCGCAGCCAAUGCUGGGGUGCGGACCGGGGACUGCCACCGACAGCAGUCUCCGCCCCGAACACAGUAGAUGGAAAAGAAUUUGAUGCAGCUGGAAAGUCAAAACCUGAUGAAGAUAAUGGUGACAAUGAUGCAAAAGGAAUCAAGAUAAUCCAAAAGAGGAACAAUGUCCAGAUGAGAAUGAUGAUUCAGUAUCUGUGA